AUGCCGCAAUCCCAAUAUACAGAGGCGGAUACGAUUCGCAUUCUCGUCGCUACUGACAAUCAUGUCGGUUACGAGGAGCGUGAUCCCAUCCGGAAAGAUGAUAGCUGGAAGACCUUCGAGGAAAUUAUGGACCUCGCUCGAAAGGAAGAUGUUGACAUGGUUCUUCUGGCUGGAGACCUCUUUCAUGAUAACAAACCUUCCAGGAAGUCCAUGUACCAUGUCAUGCGAACAUUGCGUAAGAACUGCCUCGGCAUGAAGCCUUGCGAGUUGCAGUUUCUCAGCGACGCCAUCGAGGUGUUCGAUAGCGACGCAUUCGGCCACGUUAACUAUGAAGACCCAGAUAUCAAUAUUUCUAUUCCCGUCUUCUCUAUCCACGGCAACCAUGAUGACCCCAGCGGUGAUGGCCACUUCUGCUCGCUUGAUCUUCUUCAGGUCGCUGGACUAGUCAACUAUUUCGGCCGCAUCCCAGAAUCGGAUAACAUUGCAGCACGGCCCGUCUUGCUUCAGAAGGGCGAGACCAAGUUGGCGCUUUACGGUUUAAGCAACGUCAGAGACGAGCGCAUGUUCAGAACGUUUCGAGAUCGCAAGGUUAAGUGGUUUCGACCUAACGCUCAGUCUGGCGAUUGGUUCAAUCUGCUAGCUGUCCAUCAAAACCAUCAUGCCCAUUCCGCAACGAAUUACCUCCCUGAGAGCAUGCUACCAGAAUGGCUGGACCUGAUCGUUUGGGGACAUGAGCAUGAGUGCCUAAUCGAUCCCUCCCAUAACCCGGAAACCGGAUUCCAUGUCAUGCAGCCGGGAUCUUCGGUCGCGACGUCGCUUGUACCAGGCGAGGCUGUGGCAAAGCAUGUUGCCAUUCUCAACGUCACGGGCAACGAGUUCCAGGUCGAGAAGCGCCGACUUAAGACGGUGCGCCCGUUCAUGACAGGCGAGGUUAUUCUAGCCACCGACAAGAGAUUCAAAGGCCUGGAAAAGAAGAAGGACAACCGUCAAGAGCUUACGAGAAGACUAAUGGCCGUGGUCGAAGAGAUGAUUCAAGAGGCUAAUGCUGAGUGGCUCUCGAUACAGGAGGACGAUUUUGAUGCGCAGCCAUUACCCCUCAUACGCCUAAAGGUGGAAUACACACCCCCUGAGGGCGGUCAGUAUGAUUGCGAGAACCCGCAACGUUUCUCGAAUCGAUUUGCCGGCAAAGUAGCCAAUACGAACGAUGUUGUAUACUUUUACCGGAAGAGAGCUGCGCAGACGAGGAAGGACAAGGUAGAGAUACCCGAAGAGCUGUUGUCAGCAACAGCGGGGAUGGAUUCAAUUCAAGUGGAGAAACUCGUCGAGGAAUACCUUGAAGCUCAAUCCCUGAAGAUUCUGCCACAAGCCCCUUUCGGCGACGCUGUCACACAGUUUGUCCAGAAAGACGACAAGCACGCAAUGGAAGAGUUCGUUAAGGACUCCCUGGAAGCACAGAUCAAGCAGAUGCUGCGCCUUGAGGACGAGGACCCCGACCUCGACAACGCCAUGGAAACCUACAAGGCCAAGGUUGAGCAGCAGUUCAAAGCUGGGGCCUUGAAGAUCGAGCGGAAGAGGAAGCUCAAGCCCAAGCCGGCUGGUUGGGAUUCUGAUCUCGAGGGCCACUGGGACGAUCAACCUGAGGCAUACGAGACCGUUGAAGGAUCUGCUGAAAAAAAAUCACAAGCAACCCAAGGGACGGGCCGGGGAAAGAAAGCAUCGCGAAUCCUGGACAAUAAUGACGAUGAGGAAAUGGAGGGUGUGGAAGAGACGUCGGCCCCUAAACCUAGAGGACGAGGAAAAGCGGCAGCCAAACCUGCACCUGUCAAGGCUCCUGCGAAAGCCCCGGCAAAGGCUCCUGCCAAGAAACCAGCGGCUAAGGGUCAAGGCCGCAAGCCAAUCUUUGAGGAGAGCGAUGAAGAUGAUGACGUCAUCAUGGACGACGACUUUGAGCCUCCCCCUCCGCCCAAACGUGCGGCUGCGACAAGAUCUCAGCCAUCGCGGAGUGCAGCUGCUCCUGCAGCCAAGACGAGGCAGACGAAGUUGAACCUUUCGCAGAAACCGUCUCAGCAGCAGCCCAUGGAGAUUAGUGAUGAUGAGAUAUCGGAUGACCCUUUUGAGUCUAUACCAACCAAAUCGACACGAAAGCGCUAA